CCUGCGAGGAGCUCCGAGGAGCUUUACGGGAAAGUGAUUUAAACCUUGAAUUAUCGACACCUGGGAGGCAAAAUAACUCGACACGGACACGUUUUUGUGUUUACUCGUUUUAUAUUUCAGCUUUUUCUGUACUGCAUAGUAGCUCUGAUUAAGGUAACUUGCUGUUUUUGAAUGAUAAGUGGGAGUGAUCGAUACCGUCAUGGCUUUGAUAGCGGCUGACUCGAGCUGCAAACUGAACGGGACGUCGGGGAUUUAUGCCAGAGUUGGGCCAAGGAAAGAAAUGAUCCAAGGCUCGGUGGACGGCUUCAAAAGCAGCAAAAUGCCGCCGGGCGAGGCGGAGUUCUCCACGGACGGGCUGCCCAGAGCCUUCCUGCUCAGCCUGCGGACGCUGUUCGACAUCCUGGACGACAGCGGCCGGGGCUACGUCCACAUCUCGGAGAUCGAGAGCCGCUGGCAGGGAGCGGACACCCGGGCGCUGCCGGGCGGGGUGCUGGGCUGCCUCAGGCGGGUCACGCCGCCGCACGGCUGCCUCACGUUUGACCGGUUCGUGGCGGGGCUGCGGUUCUCCAUGCUCCACCCGGAGAACAGCGUCAACGGCAAAGCCCAGGCGGCCGUGCAACCGCAGAGAGCCGCCUGGGCGGAGAGCAGGGGCGGCAAUUCAGUAUGGCAAGCUUCCACUGAAUUGACGCCACUGGCGGAGAGCAAGGUCCGGCCUCUGGGGCCGAGCAACGGGACCAACACCCAGCGGGCGUCCUCCCUGCAGAGCCGGGCCAGGGCGGAGGAGGGCUCAGGGUUCCCCGCUUGUGGACAGGCGCGGUACAACGCGGGCUCGGAGAGGUCCGGGCGGAGUCUGGAGCGCGCCGACCCGGGCCAGGCUCCCCAACCCCCGCAGCCGCAGCAGGGCGCGGGCAGGGCCGCCGAGGCGCUGGCGCUGGAGGCGCCGCAGCUCCCCGAACCAUGUGUUGUAAAAUCCGGUUUACCGAGGUCUCAGAGUGAAUCAGCUUCAGGAUUUUCAGGUGGUUCCAGACGACACGGGCGGAGUCGGGAAGAGCAGAGGAGGCACACCAUUUCCAAUGGAGUUGACUAUGGAAUGUUGAAGCAAAUGAAGGAGCUGGAGCAAGAGAAGGACUCCCUGCUGGCGGGCCUGGAGGUGGUGGAGCGGGCUCGAGAAUGGUACCAGGGCCAGAUUCACAAUGUUACAGAGAGACAGCGACAGGUUGGACAAAGUUCCCACUGCACGGACUUCUUCACUGAAGCCAGUCAGAGUCGCAUGAAUGUUCUCAUCCCUAAAUUACAAGACGUCAACCGCUGCCUUAAUGACCUGAUUUCCUGCGCUGGAGUGCAGACAUUUUCACCCAGCAGUGCUCAUGCUGGAGCGCCAUCCGUUAACUCCCAGCCCCCGGCCGCAGCUCCUCCUCAAGCCAUCCAGAGACUGAAGGACCAGAAUCGGCUUCUCACUCAGGAGGUGACGGAGAAAAGUGAGCGGAUCACCCAGCUGGAGCAGGAGAAGUCGGCGCUGAUAAAACAGCUUUUCGAGGCUCGAGCUCGUAGUGCGCAAGACACGAGCACCAUGGAUUCCACUUUUAUUUGAAAACAACUCCACUCCACCCAAAACCAUCUUUAAACUCCACAUCCAGCGAGGAAUCGCCAUGAUGUCACGUCACAGUAACUAUGCUGGUGUGAAGGAAUCCAGAAAGUAAUUCCAGUUUACACGUUUAUGGCAUUAACACGCCAUUCGCCCUAAACUACAACCACUCCACCCCAAAUCAAAGCACGCACUACCUGUAUGACCCGACGAGAUUCGAGGGAGUCCAGAUGAAAACUCUUUUACUGGUUACCUUCAGGUUUCCUGCAGAAACACUCCUGCUAGGCUGAAAAGACAUGAACACUCAUGGACUGGAUGGGUCUCAUGAUCCCAAUCAUCCAUUUCUUCUGCAGAUUGCAUCACCUGUGGCAUCUCCCCUCCAAACUCCCAAAAGACUGUUAAUUGUACUUCUGCUGCUCAGCUGCAAAACGAACAGAGAAACUUGAAAUUCAUGGCAAGUUUGCCAUAAUUACAUUAAAAUCGCACAAAAAAAUAAUCUUUUGUACUCCGGGGGGAGGGAGGGGGGUGGGCGCUACUAUUGGAAAUAAAGGCCAUACUCCUGCAAGUAAAAACACGUCAGCUGCACAUCAGCUGCUUGCUGUGACUGGUGACUUUUUUUCUAUUUUAAAAAGUUUGGUACAUUGCUUUAUGCAUCAUAAGAGACAGUUUGCCCCCAUGUUUUAGUUUCUCCCUCUUUUCCAUGUAAACGGUAAUCAGUAAGAUCUUUCCCAGAUGUUUUCUCCAAGUUUAAGCAUUUUAUUCAAACACUGAGAGAGGAUGUAUCCUCGGACCAGUUUGUAUUUUAUAUCAGUAUAUAUAAUUCCUUGAGACAUUUACUAAGUUCUUCUUCCACAUAUGAACUGUUGACCUUAUCCAGAGAUUAAGGUCUGCCCUUUCACACAUGUCCUACACAACAUCAGUGUAAGAUGUGUUUUUAUUUAGGAAACGCUCCAGAAUAGCAUUGGAGUGAUAAGCAAAAACUAGGCUCUGGAAUUCCUGUUCUUUUCACACUGAGGCCAACAGGGUGAAGGAGGAUUUUGACUUUCCUGUAAUUAUGAUUAUUUUUGCAUUGAUAUCAGUAGUUACACCCUUCCUUUGACCCAAAGAGAGGUAUAGAUAAUGGAAGGAUGGAUAUUAUCUGGAUGUGACAAGCAGAAAAUAGUACAAAGCAGCAUGCGUACCCGCAUGCUGUGAAUUUUACAGAUAAUUACGUGUUUUUCAUUCAUGAGCUCAAUCUGUAUUUACCCACGCUGUGUGGCCAAACUGAUUUUGGAUUUUUGAAUUCUCACAUGGAGUCACUUACGCAGCUUUGGGAGAAAACUUUAAAGGCUGCAGUGCUUGUAUGAAAAAAAAAAAAGAAAAAAGACUGACAUGUUCAACAGUUGAACAAGAAAUUAAGAGAUAUGGUUAAGAGGAAUCUGGAAGUUUGCAUGUUGAAGAAAGUUGAGGAGGACAGGUUUGGUAGAUGGUGAAUGUGUUGGGAGAUGAUUCAGAUUUUACGUCACAAACAGCAACAGUUAAUGGUCCUUUUACUAGCUAGUGGUAAAAAAAAAAUCCUUUGCAUGUCUUUACAGUUAACAUCAUGUUUUAAACUCAAAAUAUUUGUCCGUUGGAGAGAUUUAGAUCCUGGAGAUUAAAUGUUAGCACCAAUAUUAAAACCUUUAUUCUCCUUGUACAGAUCUUCUUUUAACCAGCAUCAGGCUGGAAACAGAUGGUUUUAGACUUUUGAAAGGUAUAAGCCACCCCACACGUGUACAUAAGCAUUUAGUUGGCAGGGUGGCAGAAAAAAGAAGUUGUAGUGAUUUUGUUAUAAAUCUUUGGUACUGCUGGGAUGUCUGCACAUGUCUAUUUCCCACUUGUUUGAUUGUAACUUUAACUUGCUGCUCAGACUACAUUACGUGUGAAGCUCUUUUCCUUCUGCUUUCAACAGAAAGAACAAAAAUGUCAAGCGAUGUUUAAAAAUAAAACAGUAGAAACUGUGGUUCUGUAUGUGUGUGUGUUUUUAAACAGAGCUGCCUCGGUUCAGUUUGAAACAGGUAAAUU